AUGUGUCAGUCUGUUCCCGUCGCCCAUGGUUUGUUCCCCGCGCCACAGAGUCGUCUAAGCUUCAACAAUUUUGCCCCUGUUCCUGAACGUCUCCCUCGUCUCAAUUGCACUCUCAACAACGAUCAAUCCGAGCAAGGUCCGCCUCAAGAAGCUGUUCUCAAGGCCAUUUCAGAAGUGUCAAAGACGGAUGGGAGAGUUGGGGAAACUACUAAUGUGAUGUUUCCAGUGUUCGAAAACGCAGGCGCCUAG